AUGAAGUCCGACCCAAAUACCCGAAAGUCGAACGUCCUCUGUGAAUUUCACCAGGAGUGGGGUCACAAAACCGAGGACUACAUAGCCCUACGGCAAGAUGUAGUAAACAUGCUAAACCAAGGGCACCUGAGGGAGUUGAUGAACGACCGUGGACGAGUCAACUUAGGUCCCGGACAUGAACAACACCAUGGCCCUCUAAAGCCACCCUCCCCCGUCCACACCAUCCAAAUGAUCAUCAGCGGAGGUGAUGAACCACGUGAAGUUCACCACCACACACAAACUAAAGCAAUCGAUCACCCACGAACGUAUGACGACCUCAGAGAUAGUAUCAUCUUCGAUAAGUCAGAUACCGACGGUUUGACUUUCCCUUAUUUCAAUGCUCUUGUUAUUACUUUACGUAUUUCAGAUACUGAUGUGAAAAGAAUAUUGAUAGACAACGGAAGUGGCGCUUGUAUUAUCCACCAUCGAGUUCUCAUACAAAUGAGACUCGAAGACAAGAUAGUACCACGUUGCAUAAUACUAACAGGUUUUAACAAUGUAGUUAAGCGAACCUCAGGGGAGAUAAUGCUACUCGUUCUGGCUGGGGGAGUCAUCCUAGAAACAACGUUCCAUGUCAUGAACCAGGACACAGCUUACAAUGCCAUCAUAGGGAGGCCAUGGAUACAUGCCAUGAGAGCCAUCCGGUCAAGCUUGUAUCAAGUAAUCCAGUUCCCUACUCCAUGGGGGAUAUUUAGCAUCCUAGGCGAACAACGCACUGCCCAAGAAUGUUAUCGAAUCGCUCAGGAUUGCAUGUACACUCAACAGCUAAAGGGAACAGACUCAGAAGCGUAG